AUGUUCCCCCUCGACGACGGUCUCCCCGAGCGGUCCAUGGUGGAGAAUGGCGCCACCCUCACCCAGGCCCCCGGCGGCCCCCCUGAGGACGACCAGGAGCCCGCGGUCAUCACACCUUUGAGCCCCCCGCCCCACCAUAGGAGCUCGACUCAAAAGAGCCCCGUCCGGACUUACGGGUCUGCGUUCGGGGACCUGGAACCCGUCGACCCCAUUCCGGAGCCCGUCGACCCCAUUCCGGAGCCCGUCGACCCCAUUCCGGAGCCCGUAGUCCCCAUUCCGGCCAUUCCCGACUUUGCCCGUGUCCUGGACGUUCUCGUCCGGACUCUUACGGCCAUGGGGGACUUCACUACGGCCCUGCAACAUAGGGAUGACAUAAUAAUCGAGAUUUUAAUGACUAUUCUUCAGGGGCCUGCCCCUUCCUCAGUGCGCGAAUGCAAAUUGUAUGGUGUCAUCUCUUAUUCGCUGGCAAAGAACAUGGAACUGUCAAGUCGAUGUCAAGUCGAUGUCAAGUGCCUCAGAAGCUCGUGCUUCAGCCAUUUAGAGCUGUCAAACACGAUUUGCUUCCGUUACUAUCAAUGUGAAAGUGCUGCGGUGCUCCCCGGCUUGUUCAUUCUGCCUGGGUGCAGCUGCCAGCACUCCAUUAGUGCCCAUGGCAAUGCGGCAAUCCUCUCCAGGGGGACCAACUUUCAUCCUCGACGGACUCGCACGCAAGACCUGUACAUUCCCCUGGUGGCAGCAGCUAUGCACACGUCGCCAUUGUACGGCACCCUUCUCGACACCGCGUGUGAGAUCGUCCGCCGCUUCCCUGUAGCGCUGCACCUCCGCCCGCUCGACCUGCGCCUCCUUCCCAUCCUCGAACUCGCCCACAAGUUCCGGGUACACACCAGCCUGCCUGUCAAGAUGCGACGCAUGCGGACGCACCGCGGAGCACUCCGCGCCUUUUCGCAGCCUUCACCACUGAUGUGA